AUGGGACGAACGCAUCUACAUCUUGGAUGGCCUGAGGGGGUGGCCGGUCGCAAAGGAUUUCCUCAUGUCAUAUACGCACGGCUGUGGCGAUGGCCAGACCUGCACAAGAACGAGCUGAAACACGUGAAAUACUGCCAGUUUGCCUUUGACCUGAAAUAUGACAGCGUGUGUGUGAACCCGUACCACUACGAGAGGGUCGUGUCUCCAAGCAUCGAUCUGUCUGUUCUGACUCUGGGCGGCCCAGGUCCGAGUGUAGAUCCCCUGGUGAAGGAUGAGUUCGAUGCUCAGCCGUCUCAUUCUGCUGCUGAUGGACACACACUGCACACUGCCUCUUCCUCUGCCCCGCCUGAUGCUUUCAACAGCCCAGCUGACUCCGCAAGCUCCGCCUCCACUUCCGCAUUCACCAGUAUGGCUGCCGGGCCAACCAAUGCCCCCAGCUCAUGGCCUGGAGGAAGCAGUUUUCCUCCCAGCAUCCCUCAUCAGAACGGCCACCUGCAGCACCACCCUCCUCUUCCUCACAUGGGCCAGUACUGGUCAGUCCAUAAUGAGCUGGCGUUUCAGCCGCCCUUAUCCACCCAUCCAGCUCCAGAUUGCUGGUGCUCGAUUGCGUACUUUGAGAUGGACAUUCAGGCGGGUGAGACGUUUAAGGUGCCGUCUAACUGUCCCGUCGUAACGGUGGACGGUUAUGUUGACCCGUCAGGGGGAGAUCGCUUCUGCCUCGGCCAGCUGAGUAACGUACAUCGCACAGAGGCCAUCGAGAGAGCCAGGCUUCACAUCGGUAAAGGUGUUCAGCUGGAGUGUAAAGGCGAGGGUGACGUGUGGGUGCGCUGUCUCAGUGACCACGCUGUGUUUGUCCAGAGCUAUUAUCUGGACCGCGAGGCUGGACGAGCUCCAGGUGACGCCGUCCACAAGAUUUACCCCAGUGCCUACAUCAAGGUGUUUGAUCUGCGUCAGUGUCAUCGGCAGAUGCAGCAGCAGGCGGCGACGGCUCAGGCUGCGGUGGCUGCGCAGGCGGCUGCGGUGGCGGGAAACAUCCCAGGCCCGGGUUCGGUGGGAGGCAUCGCCCCUGCUAUCAGUCUGUCUGCCGCGGCAGGCAUCGGCGUGGACGACCUGCGGCGUCUCUGCAUUCUGCGCAUGAGUUUCGUGAAGGGCUGGGGUCCCGAUUACCCUCGCCAGAACAUCAAGGAGACCCCGUGCUGGAUAGAAAUUAAUUUGCACCGCGCUCUGCAGCUCUUGGAUGAGGUUCUGCACACCAUGCCUAUAGCCGACCCGCAACCUCUGGACUGAUGCUUGAACAUUUAACCUUCAACAUUAUUACAGUGCACAUAGCUCAAAAUGACUCCGCUGACCUUUGACCUUAGCCACGAACGUCUUGACUGAUUUGUUACGCCGUCUGGCAAAACGUUGAAAACCAGCAAUACUACAAAACAACACUAACUAUCUAUCCAACAGGACUGUUCAUCAAACCAGUAAAAUCACCCUUUUUUGAGACCUUGACUUUUGAAUUUCAAACUGUAGAGACUUCAUAUUGCAUUUAAUCCAGUGUUAGUCAGACGUGUACGGUGGCCACAUACACACUGCAGUGAAAAACAGAUGUCACUGCUCUUCAGAGUUUGAUGUUCUGUGCACAUGAUCAUUCACACAUCAAAGAUGAACCUUGCGCAAAUCAUCCGAAAAAAAUCGAAUGCAAUAGUUUUAUGACUAAUUUACUAAGAAAUGUAUCUUUCGUUGUAGUUCGUAAAACCAAAAAUUCCAUAUUACGUAAAUUGUUGCAUUCAUUAACGAUUAUGUAAAAAAAUUAUGUAAAUAAUUGCAUUAAAUUGAAUGCAGGUAAUUUAGGUAACAAUGGUUUUGUGGCUUAUGGAUUAUGUAAUUUGCAUUGAUUUGAACGCAACAAUUUACACAAUCCAGAAAUUGCAAAACCAUUCUUUUUGUAUACUACCGUUCAAAAGAUUUCUUGAACGGCAAAUCAGCAUAUUCCAAUGAUUUCUGAAG